AUGUCAAGCGUGACCAGGCUGGAUGCAACGGAGUGCGCGGUUUUCGGCGUGUUGACUGCUCUUGGUUAUCUCGUGGGCCUUUACUUCUCAUUUGCUCGUCGACGGAAAGAGGUGGCAUCCGGCGAGAGCGGCCUAGUGGCGGCGGAGCUGGAGGCAUUCUUAGGAGGUCGCAGCCUUCCCCCUACAGCACUGGCCGUGUCCAUUAUGGCUUCAGCAGUGAACGGCAUGAACGUGGUGGCUAUCGUGGGACACUACUACGCUUACGGCUUACACCUUCUCUGGACAGUGGCUUGGGUCCCUAUUAGCGCCACUCUCGCGGCGGUGACUGUGGUCCCGCUACUCUACAGCCUGCGGGUUUCGACCAUAUUUCAGUAUCUACGAAUGCGCUUCGACAACAAGGUCGGCAUCACUGCUUGUAUCAUCUACUUCGUACUCAGUCAAACUCUUGGCGCCAUCGGAAUCUACAGCGCUGCCAUUGCAAUCUCGACAAUGCUUUCUCUCCCCCUGAUCUACACGGAUAUUGCCAUCGGCUUAGCAGGAACAACGUACACCGCCUUGGCCACCACCUAUGCCACCAUGAAAGAACCUGCCUCGCGUGUGCAGACGUCCACCAAGUCGCACUUGAGGUACAUUCAGGAUGUGCUGGCCCUUUGA